AUGAGUCUCGAGGGCAGUAGCAAAUCGCGGACCGCCUGCGUCUGGAAGUGUCCCUCUCCUCCUGAUUCGUCGGUGGCGCCUCCUGCUCCGGGCGAUCGUGGCGUUCCCUCCACGUUCCUGAUCUCACAAGCGCCUCCCUUCCGCCGACGAUUGCGCCCCCGCCCCUUCUUCCCCCUCUUGCCCCGCGUCCUCCUCCUCGGGCCCCACGGCUCGGCGCUCCUUCCCCGGUCCGGCUCUCGUUGUUCCGCCCCCCUCGUCCGACCUGUGGCUCUCUUCCCGCCGGGAUCCACGCUUCCUCGUCGCUUUCCCCUCUUUCUUGUCCCACAGAUGGAGGUCGACGCUCUGGCGAUAGUGGCGACUGCUCUUGCUCACUCCAGCCCCGGAGGGGUCCCGGGGCGCCAGGCCCCAGCCCUGCUCCGGGCCGCCUCGGCGUUGGCUGGGCACGGAGCUUCCUCCCGCCCCUCCCGUGGGCGGCGCGUCCAGGGGCGCCGGUCCCGUGACCCCGUCUUCCGCUCGCCGCCUGGUCGCGCUCCUGCGUGUCUGCGCCCUCGGCAGCGGCAGAUGUUCCGGCGCUCACAGCUGCCACCGAUGCCUCCCCCUCGAUCGGGGCGUCGGCCAGGUUCCCUGCCGCGGUCGCAGCAGUCAUCGCCGCAGCCAACACCGCUGCCGGUACCGACGCUGGUGACGCAGACAACGUCACCGCCUCGGACGGUUCCCGAUCCACCGCCAGACCCAGCUCCAGCGUCUGCUGUUGUGGCCCCUGGUGGUUGGCAGAGCGUGAAGUUGAGCCGCCGCCAAAAACGGCGUCAGUUCUGCCAGCCCGCCCCAAUGCUGUCACAGCCUCCUCUGGCACCUCCGCGGCAGCAGUGA